AUGAGCCGAUUACUAGUAGUAUUGUUAUUGAGUGUAGCAGGAUGUUGGGCCAAGCGAAAUGGAACAGACACGAUCGAUUUCUGCGCAGAGUACGCCGACUGCAUGGGUAGGGCAAAUCAAAAGUCAGCCGAAUGUCUUGCUGACAACGCCACUGCUGCAGCUAGCUCUGGGAAGGAAUUCUGUGAAGGAGCUCUAGAGCUUCAUAAAGCACUACAAGCACUCUAUGAUGAGAAGAAUGAGCAUGUGGAAAUUUGUGUUCGCGAGAGGAUGCCUGAAGCUGCUAACCUGAGCCAUAGAAAAUUGGAAAAAUGCAGAACCGCCAUGAGGAAGGUAAAACGCGAUAUGGCAGAAAAGAGACAGAAAAGAAAGGAAAAGAGAGAGAAGAAAGAAAAACCAAAGAGCUGUGCCAGAGAAGCAAAACGUAUGCGAUGGCAAUGCGCUAAGAUUGCCAAGUGCUGCAGUGUCGUCAAGGACUGCAAUGUCAAAUCCUCUGAGCACGAUCAGAUUGCCGAAAAGAAAAAGGAACUCAAGCAACUCUAUUCUACCUGUAACGUUGGUGAAAAGAAGAAGUUGAAUCGCAAAAAUGAAAAGCAAGGCGGCGAAGAAAACAAAGAGAAGAAGGCGAAAGACGAGAAACCGCAUAAGAAGCAACAGAAGGAGCAAAAGAAGAAGAACAAAGAGGAGGAAAACCUGAGCGCUGCUAAAGAGCAAAAGCAAGCCGCUCUCGAUAACACCAAAAUUGUGAAAGAGCUUCCACCCGCGAAAGUUUGAGUCACUUCACCCUUCACGUACAAAAUGGAACCCUUCCGAUGUUGAAUGAUGAUUGUGCUACUAUUUCGCUUAAUGUUGUGCGAUGUAUAUAAGUAUUAGCUGC